AUGUCCACGACUUCAGCGAAGCUCCCUAAAUCUGCCGUCGUCAUCGGCGGUGGAUUCAUCGGCAUAUCCAGUGCCAUACACUUGUGCUCUCGCGGCUUCGCGGUGACGGUUUUGGAAAAAGCACGCUCAGGUGUCGGCUCGAAAAAAGAUGGCGAGUGCGCGAGCUACGGCAACGCGGGGACGUUUGCACCGUACGCCACGUUCGGUCUGAACGAUGAUUCUCCCGCGUCGCUUUUAACUGCCGGCGUGAAGGCAUUUUUCGGCGGGAGUUUGAUGUUUGGAAGUACGAAAAGUGGUGACGAAGAUGUUGCGAAUCCUUUGAGCUUCAGCCUCUCGGCGUCGAACGCUUCGGAAGUGAUGAAAUUUGCGAUGCAUUUUUUACGCAAUUCCAGCGCAGAGAACAGGGUGAAAACGAACGAAGGAUUAUCGGAACUUUGUAAACGCGCGUCGAGUUCGUGGAAAGAGACGUUGCGAUUAGCCGGGGUGAACGACGCGCGAGCGUUUUUGGAGGAACACGCCAAUCGGAACGGAUAUUUGUUACUCACGAAGAGCAGAUUUGAUUCGAAAGAAGUCAUCGAGAAGAACGAGGAGAGGAAACGAUUGUUGGGGGAUAAGAAUAUAUGGAACCACGAAGGCGAGGGCGAGUUAAUCGGGCCAGAGAUGUGUAAACAGCUGGAACCGAAUUUAACCGACUCGGCGGUGGCGAACGGCGGCGUUUAUUUCAAAGACGCGUGGUCGCUGAGAGCGCCGGAUGUGUUCUUAAAAAAGUUGGCCGAGUUUGCGCUGAAAAUGAAAGGUCCUUCGGGCGGUUCCGUCGUGAUUAAAGCUGGUUCCAGCGGUGAAGUCGUCGACGUGAGAGGAGAACAACAAAACGACGAGAAAGCUGAAAUUGUCACCAAAAGCGGCGACGUGUAUACUAACGUGCACACGAUCGUCGUCUGCUCCGGGUGGCGUUCGAAAGAAAUCGCAAAAAUGUGCGGCGACGGUGACAUUCCGCUCAUCGCGGAGCGCGGCUAUUCGGUCGAGUUUUCGGAUACUGAACAAGUAUCCCCGUCCAAGCUGUUAACCCGAGCGACGUGUUUCCAACGAGGCGGUUUCAUCAUUUCCCCGCUACAAUCCCGCCUCCGCGCAGCUGGUCUCGUAGAAUUCGGCCCGGACCAACCUCCAACCGCCUCCAACCUCCUUUCGCUCGAAAACUCCACCCGCAAACUCCUCCGUAAUUUCUCCGACGCGCCGCCGCGAAAUAAAAACUCAGAUUGGCUCGGCGGUCGCCCGACUUUACCGGAUUACCUCCCCGUUCUCAGCAGAAGCUCCGCAAAAUCAAACGUCAUCUACGCGUUCGGUCACCAACACAUCGGGUUCACGUUAGCUGGCAUCACCGGGAAAAUAGUCGCGGACAUCGCAACAACGACGGGGGCCCAACAACGAGGAGACGACCACUUUCCGCUCGAGCCGUAUGCCGUUCAAAGAUUCCUUUAA